CGCCCCCUGGGCUCCGCAGAGCAGGGCUGUGCCGAAGUCUCUAGCCUAGAGUGAGAACAGAGCUGAGCAGAUUGCAGUCAGGUGGAAAGAGUCCGCGAAGAAGGCACAGCCAGCUCAGCCAGCACGGCCAGCAGGCGCUGUUCAAACUGUGAGGACAGAUUGCAGAGCGUACCCUCGGUGACAGCAGGGUGACACAUCAGUUCUGUCAUUGUUGGAUCCUGAGACAAAAGGGAAAAUGGCUUCCCAAGACCAAAAGGCCAUCACUCGCAGAGCCAAGGUGGCUCCCACCAAGAGGAUGAGCAGGUUCCUGAAGCACUUCACAGUGGUUGGGGAUGACUACCACACAUGGAACAUCAACUACAAGAAGUGGGAGAACGAAGAGGACGAGGAGGAGCCAGCCCCCACAUCGGCCCAAGGUGAAGGCAGUGCCGUGGGUGCAGAUGCCGAGGCUGGCCCUGGCCCCACACCCAGGCCGACCCUGGACUUUAGGAACAGGCUGAGGAAACUCUUCAGCUUGCACAGGUUUCAGGUUGUCAUCAUCUGCCUGGUGAUCCUGGACGCCCUCCUGGUACUUGCUGAGCUCCUUCUGGAUCUCAAGAUCAUUGAGCCAGAUGAGAAAUACUACGCGGUCAAGGUGUUUCACUACAUGAGCUUUGCCAUCCUGGCCUUCUUCAUGCUGGAGAUUUUCUUUAAAAUCUUUGUCUUCCGCUUGGAGUUCUUCCACCAUAAGUUUGAGAUCCUGGAUGCCAUUGUGGUGGUGGUGUCGUUCGUCCUCGACCUCGUCCUCCUGUUUAAGAAGCACCAGUUUGAAGCUCUUGGCCUGCUGAUCCUGCUACGGCUCUGGCGGGUGGCCCGGAUCAUCAAUGGCAUCAUCAUCUCAGUGAAGACACGCUCAGAACGGCAGAUCUUAAGGUUAAAGCAGAUAAACUUUCAACUGGCCACCAAGAUCCAGCACCUGGAAUUCAGCUGCUCUGAGAAGGAACAAGAAAUUGAGAGACUCAACAAGCUGUUGAGACAGAAUGGACUUCUUGGGGAUGGGAACUAGCCUUCCAGAAGCUCUACCCUAGAGAAGCUGGGUGGUGGCCAGAAAGCAACUGUGUGCUGC